GCAGAGCGGGCUUCGCUGUAUAGCGGAAGUAUCACUGCUGCUUCAAGAUGAUCCUGCUGCUCGGUCUGCUUUCUGUCCUCUGGGGAGAACCGGGUCUGUGUCUGGAGCAGGAUGGAGGCUUCACCUCUGAUGGAGACAUCCGCCAGAUCGCCGUGACCUCCAACUCGGUUUACAUCGCCACAGAGGAGAGGCUGUACCAGCUGAGCCACGACCUGACUCUGAUCAACAGUCUGACCCAGAGAGGAAUCUUAAAGACCGGGAACCAACCGGAUGAUGUGCAGUUUUACAGGGUUUCUGAGACGGCUGCGUGGAACUCAACUUUCAGCAUCAACGUAUUGUUGCCUUUUACAAAGAGCGACUCUCUGAUCAGCUGCGGUGUGACUGACGAUGACUGCGGUUACUGUGAAGUUCUGGACCUGAAGAACAUCUCCAACCUUCUGUACAGGGAACACGUCCAGGUGGGACCUCUGAAGCGCAGCGCGUCUGUCAGCUUUCUGGUGGAUGUGAAGAAGGAAACUCAGACUGACACUUACAUUCUGACCGCGAUACAACAAAACAAAGAGCAGCCUGAAAACAGCGGGUGCGGCAUUAAUGCCCAAACUAUCAACCUUCAUGACACAGAUAACAAACAGGGCGGAGGGAUAUUUUCUCUAAUUGAUGGAGCUUCAGGCACUCCUGCAAUAAAAAGUAAAGGCGAUGUGGAGUUUGUUGAUGGAUUUCAGAUCAAUUCAACCAUCUAUCUGUUCUCCAACGCGCUCUCAGGUCAAACAAACAGAGUCCGUCUCAUUUGGCUUCAAGGCGAUAAAAGCAAAACUGAUGCACUGAAGUCGCUGCGGGGCGCGACUCUCAGCACCUCUGACGGUGAGAGCAGCAGACUCGUGGCCUCCUCGGUCAUCCCGGGGAAGCAGCCGGUGCUUUGGAGCGGCGUGUUCAGUGUGGAUGGAGGAGACACCAACACCGAGCUGAUAGUGUUUGACAUCAGCGCUGAUUCCAGCAGAGAGACCGAUAAAGAUCCAGACUUCUACACCUCUGCGCUAUCGAGUGUGACGCCAAAGAUCCUGAAACCGAAGGCAGUGCUCUUCAGGCAGCGCUCCAUGACCUCCGUGCUGGCGGUGAGGCAGAGAGGCUGGAUGGUUUUCUUCAUUGGGACGGGAGACGGGCAGCUCAUCAAGCUUGCUGUGGACAAGAACUAUCACGCUGCCUGUCCCACGGUGCUCUACGGGACCAACGAUGACCGCAAAGUGUUUCCCAAACUGCAUCUGGAUCCAGUGGAUCAUAAACAUGUGUAUGUGCCAUUUAGAAACCAGAUGAAGCGAGUUCGUGUGUCAAAGUGCAGCACCUACACAAACGUGCAGGAGUGUUGGUCUGCACAGGAUCCAUACUGUGUGUGGUGCAGCUCUAAAAGAAGCUGCACGUUUGAAGGCGACUGCACGGAUUCAGACUGGCUGUCCAUUCCUGAUGAUUCCCAACACAAAAUGAUUUCCCACAAAGUUGAAAAGGACACAAAUGGACAGAUCUCAUUAAAGAUCCACGCACACCUGACUGUGGGCCAGAGCGCAGCAUCUAACUUCGCCUGUCAAUUCUCUGCAACUUCCAGACAGCUUUGUAGACAGAAUAACCCUCGUCCACUAUUCCCACAAUGCACCUGCAUCCUGUCUGAUGGACCGCUUCCUCGUGAUGGCCUGUAUGUUACAGUAAAAUUUAGACUUGGGACAACGCCACUGUCAGAACGACUGAAGUUAGCCAACUGCUCUGACAUCAGUGGACCGCCGAGUUCUGACUUGUGUCAGCAGUGUAUCAAGGCUGGCUGUGGAUGGAGCAAAAACAGCUGUUCCUGGGCUAACGACGGAGUCACUGAUGACCAAGUCUGCCAAAAGCUGAAGUCUGCCUCAAACUUCUCUAUCCCAGAGAUCUCCUCCAUCACUCCCAGUGUGGUGUCUCUGUACGGCAGAAACCACGCAGAGCUAUCAGGUCGUAACCUCAGUGAUGUGACGGGGGUGAAGAUCUACGUGCACACGGACUGUAUGCAAAAAAUAGCUCCCGUUUGGAACAACACUGGUGUCAGUGUGAAGUUCCACAUUCCCAGUUCGGAUAUCAAAGGCGUGGCCAACGUAUGCGCUCUCCUCCCAGACGGUAGUUGCCACAGUGAAGCUAAAAUCACUUACAGCUCAGCACCAUCCUGCAGCAGCGUUUCUCCGAGCAGCAGCUGGAUCAGUGGGAAGAGGAGGAUCACACUCACGGGGUCCCACCUGGAGCUUGUUAAGGGGGUCGUGCAGAGCCACGCCAUGCAGGACGUCAGACUUCCCAGAAACAGCAGCGAUCAGACUCUCACCUAUGACACACCUGCAGCUGGAAAGAUUUCCAGCAGCGCUGUGUUUCUGAAAGUAGCCAAUCAAACCUGGGCCUGCCCCACAAACAUCUCCUACUAUCCAGACCCUGAGUUCACCGGCUUCGCGGCAACGACGACAGGACGCAGUGUCCGCGUUACCUUACUGAAAAAGGCCGACAAACUGGGGAUGACAAUAGAGGACUUAUCAGUGCGGGGCGUUCAGAGCUCAAAGGAGUACUACUGCAUCAUGGACAGCAAAGAAAGCAGUAAAGAGACGGACUUUUUCACCUGCCUGAUUCGAAACCUACGCAAUCCUGAACUUGACCAUUUAUUGAUAAAUUAUGGUGACAAGACAGUCAGCCUCAGCAAUUCUUCAUCAAUCCGGGCCCUUCUGAUAGUGAUUUUCCUGCUGAUAAUCUUAGUCAUGGCCGUGUUCCUGGUUAUCUAUCUGUGGCGAAAGAGACGCAGAAUAUAGAUGAAUGGACUCUGACCACUGAUGCCCUUUCCUGUAUUUAAGCACUGAUGCUAAGUUUUGUAUUCAGGUUUUAAUGUAUUUGAAGUCUUUAUGUUUUUUAACCCUUCAAAAUCUGACUCUUGCUACUUCGGGGAGCUCAUUUCUGUGCUGUUUAAAGGCCCAGUGUGUAUAGUCUCACCACUAGGUGUCAGUAGAUUGCAAAUUGCAAGUCAACUGAAUUCUGUUUUCUUACCCCUCCCAAUAAAUGGAGGCUGGGAGGCUUUGUGAAAAGAGUCUGGCACAGGUCGAUGAAUCAGUGAAGUUCCCUUUUGUCCCAUGACAGUCAUACUGAGUUGUUGAGGAUUUCCAGGACUUUUCUGUCAGUAAGUGCUGCUGUUUUUGCAGCUGUUAGCAGCCUGUGUUAGUGAAGCUUUCUUUGAAGUGGAUCUAAUGCUGUUAGACUUGGACACUUAGUGAAUGAACGCUCAUACAAUGUGAGAAUGUAAUCAAACUGUUUAUCAGAGGGAAAGUGUGAUAACUCAAGCCUAACAUUAACUGGCAUUAUGUUAGCUUAUAACCAGCUGCUGUUGUUGUUUUUCCAGCUCUUUUUCAGCUGUUUGGAGAUGGGGAGGCUCGCAUGUGUAACCUGCUGACAAUAAGUAAUUGUGUCAAUAUUGGGAAUAAAUAAGCAGGUUUUUGUGUGUUAGCGCCUUGACUUCAGUUCAGGAGAUGAGGCUUGAGGUGAGGAGGAAGGGGAUGAGGUGGAAAUGAGGGAGGAGAAAUACAUAAUGAGUGAUGAUUGAAAUGUACAUGCAUAAAUGUUAAACGGUCAUAUAUAUAGUUUGAAAAAUGCAUUUGUGAUCUUUAAAUUAAAAGUAACUCCUCAUAAGGCGUAGUACAGUAUGUAUGUGGCCGGUCUCUAGCCACUAAUCAGUGUAUGAGUACAGCAUUGUUUUCUUUCUUUUAAACAACCUCAUAAAAAGUUCCUUUAACUCAGGCAUAGUUUUGGAAGGCACAGAGUUUGGAUUCAUGUACGAGGCCACUGAGCAUGCUCUUUAUGUUUUAAUAUAUUUUUUAUAUUUUCAAAUUUGCUUCCAUCUUUUGAUUGACAGCUCCAGGCACUUGCUGCAACAACCAGUGAGAUACCUUUUGUUGGUGUUUUUAUGCUUUCCUGUUGUUGUAUGUAUUUAUUAUUUUCAAAUAUUUUAUACUUUACACCAUAUUUGGGAGGGGACAAAUAAAGGCUUUUCCUACAGUGUUGAAUUAUUUUGUUAA